AAAUGAUUUUGCAUUAUUGAAUUAGACCUCACUCAAAUUUUAAGAAUUUCUAUAUAAAGAUAUGAAGCACACCCAUCUCACCUCAAAUCUCAAUUCUCCACACAACUUUCUCCAUGGAAAAUCAUAAAACACCCCUUUCACUUUCUCUUGAUACCAAAGAUGUUGUGAUCGUUAAACCCUCCAUGCCAACACCUUCUCAUAUCCUUUCACUUUCCACCAUUGACAAUGAUCCUAACAUCAACAUUCUUUGUCAAACCAUCUAUGUCUACAAAGCCAAUCUUGAUUCCCCAAAUGACCAAAAAGACCCUUCUUGUGUCCUCAAAGAAGCACUCUCAAAGGCUUUGGUUUACUAUUACCCUCUUGCAGGAAAGUUAACAACAUUUCAUGAUGGAAAACUUGGAAUCAAUUGCAAUGGUGAUGGAGUUCCAUUCUUGGAAGCAAAUGCUAAUUGUGAACUCUCUUCACUUCACUAUCUUGAAGGAAUUGAUGUUCCAAUAGCACAAAAAUUAGUGUUUGAUAACCCUUCUCAAGAACAAACUAGUCCAAAUCCUUUAGUUUUCAAGGUAACAAAGUUUCUUUGUGGUGGUUUCACAAUUGGAAUGGGAUUGUCACAUAGUGUUUGUGAUGGUUUUGGUGCAUCACAAUUCUAUAGAGCACUUGUUGAACUUGCAAGUGGAAAAAAUGAACCUUCUUUGAAACCUGUUUGGGAGAGAGAGAGGCUAAUAGGUAAAACUCUUAAUGAACCAUUCAACUUUCUCAUAGACAAAACUUCAAUAGCAACUUCACCAUUUUGGCCAUGUAAAGAAAUUUCACAUGAAUGUUUUAGUUUCAAUGGUGAGAGUAUAAAAAGGCUCAAAAUGAAACUUAUGAAAGAAAGUGGUAAUAAUAUGAUGAAUGAAAGUUUCACAACACUUGAAACACUUGGUGCUUAUGUUUGGAGGUCAAAGGCAAAAGCUUUGAAAUUAAACAAUGAUGGAUCAACUUUGUUUUGUUUAGCUAUUGGUGUGAGACAUUUAUUGGAUCCACCUUUGCCUAAAGGGUAUUAUGGUAAUGCAUUUGUGGCUUCAAAUGUUGUGUUAAAAGUGAAAGAUCUUAAUGAAAAGCCACUUUUUGAAGUUGUUAAGCUUAUCAAAGAGUGUAAGAAGCUUCCUUUGAAUAAUGAAUACAUAAAAAAUUGUAUUAACAUGUUGGAGACAAUGAGGGAAGGAAAGAUUAAGGUUGAAGGAAGUGGUGCAUCAUUGGUGUUAACUGAUUGGAGGCAACUUGCUUUGUUGCAAGAAGUUGAUUUUGGAUGGAAGGAUUCAGUUAAUAUAGUGCCUGUUCCAUGGAACAUGUUUGGUUUUGUUGAUUUGUGUCUUUUCUUGCCUCCAAAUAAAUUGGAUCCUUCAAUGAAAGGAGGUGUUAGGGUUUUUGUGUCACUUCCUAAAGAUUCAAUGCCUAAGUUUAAGGAAGAGAUGGAGUUUCUCAAGGUCAUGAAAGUUGAUGAGAAUAACAACUAGUUACUUUAAUUAUGUUGCAAAUCUUUAUAUUAUAUUAUGAUAUUUUGCAGAUAAAUGUGAUCAUAAUUGCAGUUGUAAUAUUGACCGAUGCAAACACCUAUAAAAUUAUUAUAUUGUGCCUGCAAUUGUAUUUGAAAAUUGUAAUUUAGAACUAAUAUAUAUUUUUUUUUUUGGAA